AUGUGGCGACGUCAGAAAAUUAAAGGAAUACUUUAUUUGUUCCUAGUCACAUUCACACUAAGCGCAGAGUUCACGAGCGCACAAUUAGAGGAACAUGGCAUGAAUCUUUACAAAAAUAGAAGGGUGGGACGCCUGAAAAAUAAGUCACCCAAGCAGAAACUGUGGGCCCCCGGAACUCUAGACAAUGAUAGAAAACUCUCACAUGAGAGAUCACAGAAAUACAACAUGUCAGUCCGAAAUAAAGAAAUCUUACGUGAGAGAUCACAGAAACACAAUAUGACAGUUCCAAAUAAAGAACUCAUACGUGAGAGAUCACAGACAUACAACAUGCCAGUUCGAAUUAAAGAACUCUUACGUGAGACACCAAAGACAUACAACAUGCCAGUUCGAAAUAAAGAACUCUUACGUAAGAGAUCAGAGACAUACAACGUGCCAUUUCCAAAUAAAGAACUUUUACGUGAGAGACCAAAGACAUACAACAUGCCAGUUCGAAAUAAAGAACUCUUACGUAAGAGAUCAGAGACAUACAACGUGCCAUUUCCAAAUAAAGAACUCUUACGUGAGGGAUCACAGACAUACAACAUGCCAGUUCGAAACAAAGAACUCUUACGUGAGAGAUCAGAGAAAUACAAUAUGACAGUUCAAAAUAUCAGUGGCAGUGUAGUGGAAUCGGCCACGCCGAAAGCUAGUCGUCGCUUGGCAACUGUAAAGUAUCAUUCCGAUAUAAGUAAGGAGAAUCUUAAACUCUGUCAAAUCAUAGCUUCAACAUACCUUGCUUCUUACCCAGAUUUAAGAGCACACUACAAUCUACGAUACUUCUAUCAAGGAAAUUAUGAAUACGAAGCCGGAUACUUGGUGAACGAUAUACUAACGAAAUAUCAAAGAAUGCUAGAAAUAUUUCACAUCGCUCAAAAUCGAUAUUACAAAAAAGGGGGAAAAUUUUAUAUUAAAACCAACUACUUGCUGUAUUUGUAUACCAAUAUGUUGACGUUGGGGAAGUCGACCGGUCAUAUGGUUAACACACUUACUGAACUGGAGAUCAAGUACAAAGCUUUUCCACCAACAGGCUUUGAAGAUUACCACAUCGGGAAAAAGAAAAAGAAGAAGAAAAAUGGUACAAAUUUCGAUAUACCUCCUGAAUUCCAGGAAUCUAUCGAUGAGUAUGAAAGGAAGUUACGCAAUAUAAAGAAACAAAGGAAACGAAAGCGCAAGAGGGACAGACUGCAGAACCUGUACAUUGGGUACUGGCCGACCACUCCCGUCAGGAAACCAAACAGCAGUGGUAAAUGGCCAAUUGAAUACGGAUGGAGUAUAGAGCACAUAUGGUGA